AUGAAGGCGAAAGGAGAGUUGAAGGAAUACGAAGUAAUCGGUCGCAAGCAGCCGUCCGACAAUGAGCCCAAGCCGCCGCUGUACAAAAUGAGAAUUUUCUCUCCGGAUCCAAUUGUUGCAAAGUCCCGAUUUUGGUACUUUUUGCGACAACUUAAGAAAUUCAAGAAGACAACAGGAGAAAUUGUCUCUAUUAAGGAAAUACCUGAAAAAAGUCCUAUCAAGAUCAAGAACUUCGGAAUUUGGCUGCGUUAUGAGUCUCGAUCUGGUGUACACAAUAUGUAUCGUGAAUACCGCGACCUAAGUGUCGGCGGAGCAGUCACGCAGUGCUACCGUGAUAUGGGUGCUCGGCACAGAGCGCGCGCGCAUUCUAUUCAUAUAAUAAAAGUGGAAGUUAUCAAAGCGUCGGCGUGCCGUCGACCACAAGUGAAACAGUUCCACAACAGUGGCAUCAAGUUCCCGCUACCAAAACGCGUCCAUCACCACAAACGACUCAACACCUUCGCAUACAAGAGGCCCAGCACAUAUUUCUUGUAA